AAUAAAAUUUAUUUUCGAUACUCACGCGGUAUUUGUCUUCUUUUGUUUGUUUGAAAGUUCUCUUUUUUUAGUUUUUUUUUGACAUUUUUAAAACUUUCAAUAAUGUCAGACGAAUUGGAAUUAGCACCACAAAAUAUUGAACAAGAAUUUGAUGAAGAUGAAACUGUAGUGAAAAUUAAAGAAAAAGCAACAAAACGUAAAGGACGUGGAUUUGAUGAAGGUAAAUUGAAACCCGAAACAUUAUUUCGUUUUGAUUUGAAUUUUGAUUUUCUUGAUUUAGAAACGGUAAAUCGUGGAAAUUAUGGCCAAUAUGAAAGUGUCGAAAGUGAAGGCAAUGAACCAGGACCACAAAAAUCUGUCGAAGGUUGGAUUCUAUUCGUAAGCGGUGUGCACGAAGAAGUUGAUGAAGAUGAUGUUUAUCAAAAAUUUGCUGAAUACGGACAAAUAACCAACAUACAUAUCAAUCUGGAUCGUCGUACCGGUUUCUAUAAAGGCUAUGCAUUAGUUGAAUUUGAAACAUUUCGUUCAGCAACAGCUGCAUUAGAAGCAUUAAAUGGUUCGGAAUUGUAUGGACAAAAUAUAUCCGUUUCAUGGUGUUUUGUAAAAGGACCACAUGGACGUAAUUAUAAACAUAAAUAGAUCACAAUUUCAUCAUUUAAUCAUCGAAUAAUUUUUUCCACAAAACAAAAAUUUCUCAUCCUUUUUUAUUUCAUUGAAUACAAUA